CGACUGCGAGCCGGGAUGGAGGACAGCGACGGCUGCGAGGAGAGCCUGUUCUCGCUGGAGCUUCUGGUGGAGUCGGCGCGCGUGGAGCCGCGGCUGCUGCCGACGCCCAUGCCGGCCAGCAGGCCCUUCCGCCCUGCGGUGGCGCUGCGGCUGCUGGACUUCCCGACCCUCCUGGUACGCGCCCCGCACUCGGUGCCGGGCCCGCUGGUGCCCUUCGGCCGGGGCAAGUCGUGCCUCUUCCGGCUGCGGCCGGCCGCCCUCAAGGGUCUCCUGAGGCGCUCCCCGCUCUACGCGCUGCUGCUGGCGCUGCCGCCGGGACAAGGCCCCGCCCGCCUGCUGGGCACCUCCAGCGUCUCCCUGGCGGCCGCCGCCGAGGAGCUGCUGCUGGGGAGCGGCCCCGGGGGGCGAAGGGGGAAGUUUCCGCUGAGGGACCUGAUGGGAGAGCCGGUGGGAGAACUGGGCCUCAGCUACCGCCUGAGCAACUUGGGGCCCUGCCUGCUGGGGCACUUGGGGCAGGGGGCAGCCCCUGGGGAGCCCCACAUCGAGGAGCGACACAGACCACCACCUCGCCCGUCGAGUGUCCACAGUGACAGAGGAGUCAACCUGGAGCUUAUCCCAGAGGGAGAAGAAGACCAGCAGGACCCUGCCCCGGAAGGUGGCAGCACGGAGUCCUUAAGCAGCACCCUUACGGAACAACAGCCCCCCAGCCUUGUUGUGCAGAAAGCAGCCCAAGAGUUGGAGAUUUUGAGCAACAUCUUCUGCCCCCCGCCAAUGUACUAUAACCGCCCGGCUGAAAAUCCUUGCUCCACGCCAAAAGCUGCGGCGUCAGGGAUGGUGUCGGUGGCUGCACCUCGCGAACCUUUUCCAGAAGAAGAAAUCGCCUUUCCCUCUGCAGAGCCUAUUAAGGAGGAGCCUUCAGGUAGUGUCCCGGAGCCUGCCUUGGCAUCUCCAGCGCUUAGCCAUGAUCAGCUCAGACAAACCUUGAGCCAGCUGCCUUUGCUGAAUGCUUUGUUGGUGGAACUGUCCCUGCUGAGCAACCAGUCGCUGCAGCCAGGGCCGUCUACUGUGCACCCUCAGUUAGCGUGGCUAUACCAAAAUGUAGCAGAUGGUACAAAAGCCCCGCCCUCAAGUGUCAAGAGUUUAUGUCCCUUCCGGGAAUAUAAAAAACCCUCUCCUAAUCAUAAAGAGAGAGGAAGGUCUCCUAGCCCAAAGAUAAAAAGAAAUCGCCCAGAUCAUUUAAAAUGCAUGUAUCCCUCCAUGCAUGUUACAGGCCCUAGUAAAGGAUUCACAAAAAUGGAAAGAAGUGGCAAUCUUGAGAAAAACAAUACCAAGGAAAACUCUUCCCCUAGACGAAAGCUUACAUAUGGGCUGACAAAUACUCUAAAACUUCGUUUGCUGCGCUCCAAUCCAGUCAUGUUAAAAGUGCAUGAAAAAAGGGAACAUCGUAGAAAAAAGCAAGGAGACCUCACCAUUGAAAGGAAAGGCAAAAGCUCUUCAAAUAAAGGGAAACUAUUGCGGAGCUCUCCUGAGCGCCAUUCAAAGUCUUCUUGGCAAUUUGAUGAAAAAAGCAUGUCUGAAGAAAAUGCUCAAAUAAAUGAAAAUGUUGAGACUCUAAUACAAAGCAGUACUGACCAAGAUUACUCUGCCACCAUAAAGGGACUAACCUGUGAUCUCAAAAAAAAAGUUGCAGCCCGCCGUGUAAAGAGUAGUGAAAAUGCAAAACAGAAGAGCUUUCCUGAAAGUUUUGGCUCUUCUCAUAAAGAAAAGAGUUUGAAAGUCCAUCUGCCGAGAGUCUGUUUGCAGGAUACUAAUGCCCUUGAAAGUAAAAUUGAUACAGAAGAAGAAAAAUGUGUACUGAAAACUAAUUGGGAUGCUUCAAGCCUUCGUAAUGAUAGCCAAAGCAACAACUUUGAAAGCAGCCAUGGACUUAAGAAUUCAAGUGAUGUGGUUCUUGGCUCUGAAAAUGCAGCCUAUUCAGAAGAUUUCACCAAUGUUGACAGUUCAGGCACAGCCUUAGAAACUCAAGAGAGCAUCUCUGAACCUUUGCUAAUAAACCCAAAUCAAAGCCAGUCUGUUAUGGACUCGGAUUCUAAAAUGUCUGAAAGAAGUAUGACUACUGAAAGCAUUUCACCCCCUGUUCCAGUUCCCUCAGAUACAUCUCCUAUCCAAUCUCUUAAAAAGACCUAUUAUUCAAAAUAUAAUGAAAAAACCACAGGUGUUGCUCUUAAUGAAUUUGAUCAUGAUUCUCCUUCUGCAAGAGUUUCAAAGGAGGAACCUGCAGCUCAGCGGGCCAACAAGGAAGGGAGCAAAGAUAUGCAGACCUUGGGGGAGGAACAAGUUCCCUCUGAGAUAAAUAAUAGUGUAGAAAAAGGCGAAUCUUCUGUGGAAAAAAGCCAGUCAAUAAGGACAUCUCAAGUUAGCUCUUACUUGCCCUCCAGUGUGUCUGAUGUUGAUCUUAGUGGGUUAGAAGAAAGCAAUCCAUCUGAAAAAGAAAAAGAUGAUAAUUUUGAGAUGGUGGAUAUUACUAAUCAAUAUAGACACAUCAGUGAAUUAGUAGUAAACAAGCUUCCAGGAUACACAAUGUAAUUACCAAUAAUAAUGACCAGAUCAAAGUGAAAA